AUGAACAAAAACGUUAUCGCAUACACUGGCACCCCAGCAAUAAUCAAUCCUCCUACCACCACCACCAAAGAACCAAGGAUGCUGGACGCAGCGGUAUGUACAAAUACAAACUUCAAUUUUGUUAAUUUUUGAACACAUGGCUAACUAUCUGAAAGUUUGCAAUUGACAGCACCUUCUUGAGUGACUCAAAAAAGAUUAUUCGUGAAAGAAUAAUUCCAUGGGAAGGGCUAGCAAGAUCUGGAGUAGUUUCCGAAGACGAUGCCAACCACAUCAAGAUCUUGGAGAAACAAUCCGCUGAAAACAAGAAUGCAACCGUCAAGGGCCAACUCGAACUCUACUCCAAAGGGUUGCUCAGCAUCUUGAGCAAGGUUCUGGAUAAGGAUGACGUGAUCAAAAACGUGUUGGUGUUGGUGAACGACUUGUUAUUGAAUGUGCCCGAGUUUCUCGAUUCACUUUUGAGCCUUUCCUCCGUUGACAAAGGUCUACCAUACGAGCCUUUCCUCAAGCACUUGAAAAAGGACUCAUUGAUCAAAUCGUUGGCAUUGUACAAUCUUGCUAUACUUUUGCGCAAAGCAGGCACUGCAGAUAAAGAAGUGCUCAUCAAGGUGUUUAGCUCGGUAACACUGCUCAUUGAGCUUUCCGAUACCAACUACGAGUUUAUUGCCAUCCAGUUGCUCCAGGAGCUAAUCACCAACAAGUCAUACAAGGCUAACUACCAACAGCAAAAUCUCGUGACGAAUUUCAGACCAAUCAACAACUUGAUAGAUAAACUGGCAAGCCACCCCAAUGCAACCGGUUUGCAACUCUCGUACAAUGUCUUGUUGGCCACGUGGAUCUUGUCGUUCAAUCCAGAGAUUAACAGAGCCAUCAUACACAACUUCCCGCAGGCGGCAGGAAACUUGCUUAUUAUCGCGAAGGAUUCCAUCAAAUUAAAGAUUGUUAGACUUUCCAUUGCCAUUGUCAAAAAUUUCGUUGCUGUUUGCGUAUCGUUGCAAGAACAGUUCAAAGUCAUCAAGUUGUUACUCUUUUAUGACGCCUUGAACACGGUAAAUACAUUAAAGGAGAGAAAGUUUGCAUCCAACGGUAGCGACGAAGAGUUGUUCAACGAUCUCGCGUUUUUAUCAGACACGUUGUACGAAGUGGUUUCGACAAAAUUGUCCUCAUUUGACGAAUAUUUGACCGAGUUGGAGAAUCCGAAAUUGAUUAGCUGGGCUUCACCAACUCACAAAUCGGCUGAUUUCUGGUUGGAAAACUCGGGAACGUUUAAGGAUUCAAAUUACAAAUUGGUCAAGAAGAUAUUUGAAAUUUUGAGUUCAAGCUCAAGUGAACCGGUGGUUAGCACAAUCUUGUUGAAUGACUUGCAAUUUCUCAUCAAGAACCUAGGUCAGGAUUUGAUCCAUUUCAUCAACACCGAGAAUGGCGGCCUGUACAAGAUCUUGAUCAUGUCGUUCCUAGAGAACAAUCACGGCAACAACGAGCUCAAAUACCAGGCGUUGAAGACGAUUCAAUUACUCGUGGGACACAAUUUUUAG